GCAGCAGGAAGAACUGGUCACGUGACUCCUCCCUUUACAACUCUGGUCACCAUGUUGGGUGCAGUAUCGAGGGCUUCGGCUGCAGUUCUCAGGGGGGUUAAAACCUCUCUAACACCAAGCAAUUUUCAGAAUGAAAGCGCAAAAAUUGUUUCAGUCCUUUCCAUUAACAGUAAGGUGAAUUAUGCAACUGCACCGCAGGCAAAGACAAAGGGAGCGUCUGGGAAAGUAGUAGCUGUGAUUGGUGCUGUUGUUGACGUACAGUUUGAAGACAAUCUUCCACCAAUUCUAAAUGCUCUUGAAGUUCAGAACAGGAAGCCUCGCCUUGUGCUUGAGGUUGCUCAGCACUUGGGUGAGAACAUAGUACGCACCAUUGCUAUGGAUGGCACUGAGGGACUGGUCCGAGGUCAGGAUGUUCUGGAUUCAGGGUUUCCCAUUAGGAUACCUGUGGGAGCAGAAACACUAGGGAGGAUCAUCAAUGUAAUUGGUGAGCCAAUAGAUGAGAGGGGUCCAAUUAACACCACCAAGUAUGCUGCAAUCCAUGCAGAUGCUCCAGAGUUUGUGGACAUGAGUGUUGAGCAAGAGAUUUUGGUGACGGGGAUUAAAGUCGUGGAUCUUCUUGCUCCUUAUGCAAAGGGUGGCAAAAUUGGGUUGUUUGGAGGUGCUGGUGUUGGUAAAACUGUAUUGAUCAUGGAGCUGAUUAACAAUGUAGCCAAGGCCCAUGGUGGUUACUCAGUAUUUGCUGGAGUUGGUGAGCGAACACGUGAGGGAAAUGAUCUAUACCAUGAAAUGAUUGAGUCUGGUGUCAUUUCUCUGAAGGACAAGACUUCCAAGGUAGCACUUGUGUAUGGCCAGAUGAAUGAGCCCCCCGGUGCUAGGGCUCGAGUGGCUCUGACUGGCCUCACUGUUGCUGAAUAUUUCCGAGACCAAGAAGGACAGGAUGUGCUGCUGUUCAUUGACAACAUUUUCAGGUUCACCCAAGCUGGUUCAGAGGUAUCUGCCUUGCUGGGCCGAAUCCCCUCCGCUGUGGGUUACCAGCCAACUUUGGCCACUGACAUGGGUACCAUGCAGGAAAGAAUCACCACAACAAAGAAGGGAUCAAUUACAUCAGUACAGGCGAUCUACGUGCCAGCUGAUGACUUGACUGAUCCAGCCCCUGCCACUACCUUUGCUCACUUGGAUGCUACAACUGUGUUGUCACGAGCCAUCGCUGAGCUGGGUAUCUAUCCUGCUGUGGAUCCACUUGACUCAACAUCCCGUAUCAUGGACCCUAACAUCAUUGGUGCUGAGCACUACAAUGUAGCCAGAGGUGUGCAGAAAAUCCUACAGGACUACAAGUCUCUUCAGGACAUCAUUGCUAUCCUGGGUAUGGAUGAAUUGUCUGAAGAAGAUAAGUUGACUGUAGCUCGUGCUCGUAAGAUCCAGAGGUUCCUGUCACAACCUUUCCAGGUGGCUGAAGUGUUCACUGGUCAUGCAGGCAAGCUGGUGCCAUUGGAAGAAACCAUUAAGGGAUUCCAACAAAUUCUACAUGGUGAAUAUGACCACUUACCUGAAGUUGCAUUCUACAUGGUUGGACCUAUUGAGGAAGUGGUUCAGAAGGCAGAGAAACUUGCAGAAUCAACAAAUUAAGGUUUUCUGUAAGAGUUCAGCCAAUAAAUAAAUUCCUUGUGUACAUUACCCACUGUAUAGUAUGAAAGAACAUUACCAGUCCAUAAUAGUGUAUGACUACAAACGUGUUCAGGUGUGCUUGAUUAAAUUACAUGAUGAAGCUGAUAGGUGAAGAACUGUAACACACAUUUCCUUUUAUUGUUAUUUGUACAUCUGAACUUCACAAUACACUUGCAGAAAAUCUGAGUUUUUGGGUAGGAAUUUAAACAUUUACAUUGCACGUUAGUGGAUGUAUAGUGAAAUAAUUGUCAUGCAUUUCUCAUUGUUUCUAUUAUAAUGUGUGGAAGUCAUGCCACAAAUAAAAUAUUAAAGGAA